UGGCGGCGCGGGGCGGCGGGCGCUGAGCGAGGGGCGAGGGGCCGACAUGACCUACACGGCCGAGCAGCUGGACGGGGUGCGGCGGAUCAAGCGGUGCCGGGAUUAUUACGAGAUCCUGGGGGUGAGCCGGGACGCCGGCGAGGAGGAGCUGAAGCGGGCGUACCGCAAGCUGGCCCUCAAGUUCCACCCCGACAAGAACCGAGCGCCCGGAGCCACCGAGGCCUUCAAAGCAAUAGGCAAUGCUUUUGCAGUUCUGAGCAACCCUGAGAAACGGCUCCGCUACGAUGAACUCGGGAGUGACCACGAGCACGCCAGCGCUGGCCAGGCCAGGCACUACAGUUACUACACAGAAUUCGAAGCAGAUAUCACACCAGAAGAAAUAUUCAAUGUGUUUUUUGGUGGGCACUUCCCUACAGGGAAUAUCCACAUGUUCUCCAAUGUAGGCAGAGAUGCUCACUAUUACCCACGGAGGCACCGGGCCGAGAGGGCGUGGACACAGGAGCCAGAGGAGGAGGAGCACAGGCCACAGAAUUCAUACUCUGCAUUUAUCCAGCUGAUGCCAGUUUUCAUCAUCAUAAUAGUGUCAGUUAUAACCCAGCUGAUGGCCACCAACCCACCCUACAGCUUAUUCUACAAAUCGUCCAUAGGCCACGUUGUCAGCAGAGAAACAGAGAACUUGCAGGUGCCUUAUUAUGUUGAUAAAAACUUUGAAAAGAACUAUCAAGGAGCAGAACUUCAAGAGCUUGAGAAAACAGUUGAGAAAGAUUACAUAGACUAUAUUCAGACCAGCUGCUGGAAGGAGAAACAGCAAAAGUCUGAUUUGUCAAAUUUGGCCAAGCUCUACAGAGAUGAGCGGUUAAAACAGAAAGCAGAGUCCCUGAAACUUGAGCACUGUGAGAAGCUCUCCAGUCUGAUUGGGAUGCACAAAGGGGUUUGACCAGGAUGCACACGUCCCAUACUUUUAUUUAUUGCUGUUUUAACUUUUGUUUUUAUUUUCCUUCGUGUGAAAAGGGAAGGAGUCUGUUGUAAAGAGUCUGGAUAUUGGAGUCCCUCUGCAGGCGGUGCAGAGAGGGGGCAGCAGGAGCUGCAGCGCUGCUGUUUGCUGUAAUAUAUUCUGUACAUUAGAUUUGGUUCCAAGGACCAGUGGCACUUUGUAAAUUCAUUCCCCAGGACACGCUCUGCGUUUGAACCCCGUCUGCAUGGGUGGUGUGUCUGCCAUCCAGGCUGUGUGUGCUUCCCAGGAGAGCAGGCUCCUCUCGGCUUCCCGUGUUCCCUACGGACCUGCAGCUCCCUGCAUCCCCGGACAGCGCCGUGCAGGCCACCUCCCCCUGUCCCUCCAGGCUGUGCCACAGAGCUGGGCUACUUCCAGUGCACGAGGAUGCUGAGCCCCUGAGCACAGCUCUUCUGCUGUCCCAGGGAUCGUGUGCUGCUCCAAGGGAGGGCUGUGCCCAUCCUGACACCAGCACGGGAGCCUGGGAAUUGCACAGAUUCCAGUGUCUGCCAGACUGUUGGGAAGGCAGAGCUGUGGUCAUUCCCUCGUCUGUUUGCAGUGGCAUAUCUUAAAGCUGGCUAUUCCAUUUUGGUUUUGAUCUGCUCUUCCAGGGCCCUGCUUUUUCCGGUACAGUUCUCAUGUAGCAUAUUUUUACUCUGUUGAGCAGCUAUGAAUGUUUCACUGUAGACAUGAUAUUGUAAAGAAAAAAGAUCCAUGUGGCAAUGUCCUGGUUUUUCUUGAUCCUCCUUUACACAGCUAGGCCUUGAAGGGUAGGGUGGUGCUGGGUUGUCCUCGUCAGCAGCAGACCAGUGUUAGACCAGUGUUGCUCCAGUUGAGCACCGUGAACUCCCUGAGGCAGUCUGGUGUGUGCCCUGCAUGGAAUGAGCUGCUCUUCCAGGGAAUUCCUGCCCAAUGGCUCACAUACUGCUCCCCUCUGACCCUGGGAAUGGGAGUGAGCCACACCUGAGCAAAGCUCUGCUGUUGCCACAUGCCUGAAACUCGAGUCACACAGGAUGCACAGGUGGCCUUGGCUGAAACCUGGGCAGCAAAUGCUCAAAAGCUUGGGAAACACCAGAGUUAAACCUGCCUUUAAAGCUCAAGCUGUCUAUGUGCUGGGCACUGGUGCAGUGGUGUAGGAGUCCCACUGGAUGGAGCUGGGAGUGUUGGGAUCACAGUGCAUCCCCUCCAUGUCCCUGUCCCAUCCAUACAGCCCUGGGAGGUUUGGCAGGAAAGAAAGCUGGAAAAAAAACCCUUUUUUGGGGUCUGCACAAGAGUGAGGGGUUGGUUUGAGGCCUGGUGCUUCUGCACACAAGCCUUAAACAUCCCAGCUGGGAGCAGAACAUUCCAGGCACAGCAACUGUGCUGUGGUGGGAUGUCAUAAAAGGGGAAAAAAACCAACAUACUGACUCUCUAAAUUGCAUUUUUAUGCCUCAUUUGUAGGAAACCUUGUUGGAACAUGGGGAAGUUGAGUAGGAAUUUUUGGGGCCCAGUGAAAAGGGCAUUUUGAGGAGGUUGGUGUGCUGGAGUUUAAGGGCAAGAAUGGGUGAUGAUUCCAGGCUGGUGGCUGGCAGAGCAGGCAGCCUUAAUUCUGGUAUUUCCCACUUUUGAGCACACGACUGUGUACAAAAAGCGAAAAUAAUAUUGCUUUUUAUAUAUUAAAUAGCUUGUAGAAUAUAUUAGAAAUCUAUUAAAGUGGUUGGACUGUGUUGCAGGGUUGGGAUUUUCCCUGUCAUUCCUGUGUGACUGUAGAGGGACACGGGUAGGGAGACCAAAUCCAGCGGCUUCCUGGACUCACAAUGUCCUGCACGGAGCUUGAACUCCUCCAUAGCGUUUUGCACUGAAAUCAGAUUGUAUCUUUCAUCCAAAGAUCUCGAGUACUCGAUGGAGACCUCCUGUGGGAAGCACAAUCAGCUAGGAAAUGCAGGAGGGAGGUGAAAACAUCCCCAAAAGCAAUAAGUGUUUUGUUCCUAUCCAGGGUCAGGGUGCUGGUCCCGCUGUGUGCUGUGAGGGAGGGCGUGUGGCUUGGGAGCCAUGCGGUGACAAACGGGACGAGUUGUGUUUGUUCGGUGCUCCACAGGGAAAAGGAGAAUCCUCUCCGGAAUUCCUGAUGUGGAAAUGCCUCGCUGUCCUCCAAAAGGUACUUGGGAUUCUCCCUUGUGGGGCUCUGACGGAGGAGAGGGUGUUCAGGGUGCACCAAGCGCUUAAACAUGAGUUUGUGUGUGUGUAUAUAUAGUUAUUUAUUUUUAAAUUAAAGACGUGACAUCGC